AUGUCUAAUAUUGCUGAAACCACUAUGACCCAAGAGCAAGCCUCAUCCAUAACCACUGAUACUGUCCUCACGAGUACCCAGGACGCAGAAUCGCAAAAUCCAAUUACUCGUGUGGUUGUAAUUGCCAUUGAUCAAUCCGAGCAUAGUCAGUAUGCAUUUGAUUGGGCGGUUAAAAAUUUUAUAAGAAAAGAUAGUGAUCUGGUCGUAUUGGUUAAUGUACGACCGAUUCCAUCUGUUCCAGGACCAUAUGCUAUCGGUGCUAGUUACAUGGACUUCACUGAAGUUGUGACGAGUUUAGAAGAACAGCAUCGCGUUAGUAGUCACGCUCUUCUACAAGAAUUUGCAGCAAAACUAAAAAGUCACGAUUUUGCAUGCAAAGCCAUAGCUAUGCGAGGAGAUGCACGUGAUGAAAUCGUUCGUAAGGUUUCUGAAUUAAACGCAGAUGCCCUAGUAGUUGGAUCUCGUGGUUUAGGUGCUUUGAAACG